AUGGCAGGAUGUCAUUUGCCAUUUGUAAGAAUGCUCUUCAUAUUAUUGAGUUUAUUUUACGCAGAUUGGAAAUGCUCUGAGAAAGUUUAUAGUAGACGUAAAUGGGAACUUGAAGAUAAGUGCGUUUUAUAUCUUAACCAAAAUGAAGAAGUAUGUUGGAGGCCUGGUUUCUUUUCACAAGUAACAGGUACAAACGUUGCAUUAAUUUCUGAUGGCACUACUACUGUUGAUUUUACUAAAGCAUCCGGCAAAGUUAAACUUGCAGAUGGAAGAACCGCCCUUAUUGGUGAUGACAAUUAUUUGCGAAUCAUUGGCAGCACUGCUCAAUCAAUAGAAACAUUUCAAUUAGGUGUAGUCUAUCGUGAAGGAUAA